AUGGAGGAGUAUAAUAAGAAAUUAAAAAUACUUGAUCCAUAUGCCAAGCCAAUUCCGUUAGAUACCUCAGAUAAUAAUGAAGAUCCAAUGCAAUUCUUUUUAAAAAUGGAAAGAUUAAACGCGAUGGAACAACGUAAAGCAGAAUUAAGAGCUCAAAUGGAAAAAGAUAAAAAUAAUAAUAACAAUAAUAAUAAUAAUAAUAAUAGUAAUGAUCAAUCAAAAUAA